AUGAAAUUAAAGUUGUAUACAAGAGCUACAGAAAGCAGAGGAAGAUGUCCAUAUGAACCAGCUGUGAGUUAUGCCUCUUUAAUGGUCGAUGGUGCACUUUAUACAGCUACUUCAAAUAACUUCUUGGGUACAGAGCCAAUUAUAUUGCGGAGUUUCAGGAAUCCUUUAAGGACAGAAUAUAAAGCAUCUUGGCUUAAUGAACCCACUUUUAUUGAUAUGGAACUUAUACAGGAGAAUGAAGCAGUCUCUGACUCUGACAGAAUUUUUGUGUUCUUCACGGAAACUGCUAUUGAAUUUGAGUUCUAUGAUAAGCUUCGGGUGUCACGAGUAGCUCAACUCUGCAAAGGUGAUCUUGGUGGAAAGCGAACGUUAAAAAAAAGAUGGACUUCAUUUUUAAAAUCUACCCUUCUCUGCUCUGUUCCUGAACUGCAAUUCCAAUUUAAUAUCCUUCAUGAUGUCUUUGUAGUCAAGAAUUCAAACUGGCAGGAAACCAUAAUUUAUGGGAUUUUUACCCAGCAAUGGGGAAACUUGGAUAUUUCAGCUGUUUGUGCAUUCCGGAUGGAGACUAUUCAAGAUAUAUUUCUGAAAGGAAGCUACAAAGGUCCUGUUGCUUUGGAAAAUUCCCAUAUGAAAUGGGUGGUGUACAGGGGAGAUGUUCCGAGUCCUCGCCCUGGGGCUUGUGCCAAUGUUUCUGCUCUACACUUGGGGUACACUUCUUCAAUUGACUUGCCAGAUAAAGUCCUCCAGUUUGCCCGAGACCACCCUUUGUUGGACAGUAUUGUGAACUCAGUUGGUCUUCAGCCUGUCUUCCUGAAAAGGGGUACCAAGUACACACAACUCAUAAUAAGCCAAGCCACUGACUUGGAUAAUGUCACAUAUGACAUCUUUUUCCUAGGGACAGAUAAGGGCUAUUUGCAUAAAGCUCUCAAUUGUCAUGGAGAAAUUAUUAUUUUGGAAGAAAUACAGUUGUUUCCAUCAGCAGAGCCUGUACAGAUACUCAAACUAGCCUCUCUAAAGGGCCUGUUGUAUGCCAGUUCUCCUUCCCAGCUAGUACAGCUCCCUGUUGCAAUUUGCAGCUGGUAUAAACAAUGCUUUGAUUGUAUCUUGGCAAGAGAUCCCUACUGUGCAUGGUCCCUCUCUCUUCACAGUUGUAUCCUCCUGGCUAACCACCUUGAGCAUUCACAAGAUCUAAUCCAGAGCAUCAAGAAUGGUGAUAUCUACAGGUGUCCUGAAGUAGGCACAGGCACAAACCACGGCAGAGGAUCUGGAGUUAUGCUAAUGCAUUGGGAUCACCUUGCUAUUUGA